AUGAACCCUUUUCGUCGCGCGCCAGAAGCCCAAGGCGAACAUGUCAGCUGGCGCUCCAAUACGACUAUCAUCCCCGACGACGUGAUCGAUCCCGAACUGCUUGCAGCAAGUAACCGGAAUGUUGUUGCUGAUCAGCCAACUCUCCUUCAACAACCACCUCAACUGCUUGCAGAAAGCAGCCAGGGCAAUAACGUUGAACAGACCAGUGUCUAUCAACACCCGCCGUUGGAUGUCCAUCAGUCCCACCCACAACGCAACCCUUUCUCCAACCCUCGGUUGAACCCUCAGUUCAACCAUCAACCCAAUCUUCAUGUUUCCUCUCCUUCUCGAGAUGGAAGUCUGUAUCAACAUCCACAGUUGGAUGUCCGGCAAUCCAACCCUUUCUCCAACCCUCACGCUAAUCGUCAAAUCAUCCCUCAUUUCAACUCUCAACCCAACCCUCAACCCAGCCCUCAAGGUCACUCUCCUCCUCGAGAUGAAAGUGUCUAUCAACACCAACCGUUCAACCCUUUCGCUCUCGCUUACUCUCCUCCUCAAGAUGGUCGCACCUUUUUCCAGCAACCGGCGGCGAGCCACUCACUUACCUCUCACCUCAACCCCAUGUCGCAAGGCGACGCCCCAGCCUCCCCGCCGCCCGGAACAUCUCAUCUCCAACAAGACAGCUUUGUCAGAGCCAACAUCCAGUCGCCGGUUAGAAGCCGGUCGCAAAGUUUUAGUCGCGGAUUCGGUCAAGGACCGAUGGAGAUGGAUGACAGCCCGUUCCCGUUCCAAGCGGAAGCCGACAGCAGCCCGCUAAGCUCCCUAGCCGCAACCCCGGCAGUUGCGAGCGCGACUUUGGCCAUGGACUUGGACGAUUGGGAACCGGGCCGAGAGGCCCAGGUUGGGAUUCCUAGCUCAAGCCCUCCACGGAACAACGCGACACCAAAGCGGCCUCGCGAAAGACAACAGGAAGACUUGCAAGGACGUGAGGGGCAGUAUCAACGUCCGCGAAGAUACAACAUAGAUGUACUCCUUUCCAGCGUGAGCAUAGCUCCGGUGGCGGAGAUGGAGAUCGAUCAGGGUGUAGCCGAGGGUUCCACCGCUUCAGCAGCGGCGAGCCAUGUGGACAUGGAGUCCACAUCUCACGAUCCCAGCCUCCAGAGGCCUGGGUCACAAGAGAAUGCCAGACCGAGAGCCACCACCUUGGAGAUUGGUACUGCCCUACGUGACGACAUUUUGCGGCGCAUUCGCCCGGGAAUAUCGUUCCCAUCUGGAGUACCUUACUCGACUCGUUAUUCCGAAUAUACUCAGCCUCCCGAAGACUUUUCGCGGCCCUUGGGCUCAGCACGGCCCAUGCCUCCGCCAGAAAAUCUGCCUUCUGAGCAUGGUCGAUCUCUAUCCGACGUCGGGGUCAAUCGAAUACGUAACGUCUCCGGACCGCAAACCGGUGAAUCUUCUCGGCACGGCCAGCACCUGAACUCUCAGGCACCGGGGCCUUCCACUUCCUCUUCUGCGGCACCACAAGUCCAAGAAGGCUACCCAUCACACGAGUCCUAUACCGAAGGAGUGUUGCAACACAUGAGAGCAGCUACCCCUGGACCUUCGGGAUCCGCGAGUACUGCGCCGAAAAAUCCGGAACCGGCGCUUUCAGGACAUAGUCUCGCGGGCUUAGUGCAAGGAGCAUUGCAAGAGGCGUCAGUAAACGACGUCGUGACAGCUGCACACGCCAUACUCAACCAACACCGCGGUUCAACCCAGAAUCAGUACCGGCAGAUACUACCCGCCCCCACGACCCCAAUGGAAAUCGACAACAGGAGCUCACAUCAACCCACCGAGCGCCUUCAGCAAAGAGACACCCAGAGCGAUGAUCAGGUCCAGCAGCAAGACAUGGACCCAACCGAACACCAAAGCCACCAACUUCCCUUCACCAACAUGGAACAAUUUCAACCCAUCCCUGCUCCCGCACCCACCAUCCGAUCCCCCCUCCUCAUCUCCCCCUUUCCCCUUCGAAUUCCCGACAGCUUCACCCCCGCGAUCCUCUCCCUCGCCAUCGACCCUCCCCGCUCCCUCCAAAUCGGCACGACGGACUCCCUGCGCUCCUACCUCCGCGCUUGCGGCAUCGUCCCCUACAACGACCUCUACCCUCGCACGAUCCCGGAUGUCCCCCGUGAGCCAUUCAACCGGACCGUUGUUGUCGAGGCACGAUACCUGUCUGUUAUCGGACUGCUGUACCCGCGGGCCGAGUUCAUUGUUAGUAGGAUCGCGGAGGGGGCGGAGGAGCACAUGGAAGGAAAUACGAACUACAACAAGAAGCUGGAGCCGAAUGCUGCGAUGAUGAUGGAGAAAUGGCAUGUGUAUAAGGCGGUGAGGAUGACGGGGGAGGAGAUGCAGAAGUUGGGGGUUUGUGUGUGGAGUGAGAAGGGGUGUGGGGAGUGGGAGCCUGUUGUGGAGGAAGCAAGGGAGACGAAGAGGGUGAAGAGGACGGAGGUGGUGGUGGUGGAUGAUGAUGAGGAGGAGGAGGAGGAGAGUGAUGAUACUGUAGUUGCCAGCGGUAAGGCGAAGGAAGGAGCUAAAAAUGAGAACACCAGACCGACAGUUGAAGAAGAUGAAGAAGCAGACGAGGACGUAGAAAUGGUUGAUGUGGAAGAAGAGGUUCAGACAUCAAAGAAGAGAAAGGGUAAGGCCAAGGAAGUGGAGGUUGCCAACAAGAAAGGCAAGGGCAAAGAGGUCUUGCAGGAGAAAGACGGCAGUGGUAAUGCAGCUGCACAGCCUUCCGCAUCCAAAGCGUCUGCUCCAGAUCCUGCAUCUGCACCCCUCCGGCGCUCCGCAAGAGUCCAAAGCCGACAGGGAAGUGCAGCUGCAGAAGAAGCCAACAGCGACAGAGACGAAUCGAAAACCAAGCUCAUCAUCACAAGGAAACUGAGGGCUAUACAAUUGGAUGAAGCCGGCGAAAGCAGCUCCGCCGCCGCCGCCGCCGCCGCCAAUCCCUCUCGGCCGAUCAAGACCCCCAAGCCCAGGCUGACCACCACCAAAGCCAUCCACUCCGUUACCGAACCCGCCGACCCCCGCGCCGCUUACCUCCGCGAAGCCUCAACCCACUACUUGAUUACCCUUCGCCAGCGUGACUGGCCCUCAGGCGGCGUAGCCCGCAUCCAAUGCACGCCCAAAGCCAGGCAAACAAUCGAGUACAUCCAAGAAUCCUUCGGUAUCCAAUCCCCAUACGAAGUCUGGAGACAAAAAGAUUACAGGGUGUGGAAUGGAGACACCGGAGAGGUAAAGCGUAGGUACAUCAAGGUCAUGAGGGGGUACGCCGGCGACGAGAACACAGAGGAUGGAGUGAUGAGGCUGUUUCUGGAUGAGAUGGACAGAAGGAUGAAGGAGAAGGAAAAGAGGAGGAAAGAAAAGGGGAAGGGAAAGAUGGGGGAAGAAGAGACUGGGGAUGGGAAGGAUAUGUCAACGUUGGAGGAAAGGAAGGCUUGGAAGGAGAGCUAUAAGGCGCUGAAACGUAGGGGGAAGAGGGCCGUGGCUCGUGCUAAGGGGAAGAGCAAGGAGGGUGAAGACAUAGAUAUGGAUUUUGACGAAUGGUUGGCGGUGCGGAGGGAGGAGGAAAAUGAGUUAUGUGAGAGAUGGUUUAAAGAGCGAGAGGGACUGGUGGAGGAGGAGGAAGUUGACAGUAAAACGGUUGAGUUUGCGCUGUUUGAGUACGGGGGAGGGGAUGGACUUGGGCUGGGUAAAGCUUGA